AUCUCAACUUGCAGCCACACCAUCGACUCGAUUGGGAAAUCGACAAGCCGCAAAAAAUUUGGCGAAAUAGGAGCGAAAACAGACAAAAAUGGCGCAGAAUGCACCAGACUGCGAGGACACGCAGGACUUUCAAUUCAAACUGCACCACAAGAUUGUUGCGUUCAAAAAAUGCGGUGAGCCCCGCAGCAAUGUGAACCUGCUGGCGGUCUCCAGUAGCCGGGGAUUGCUCUUUGCCGGGAGUCCAACGCAGCCGGAACUCAAAGUGAUUAUUGUAAAGGAUUUGGUCAAUGCGAAGAGCACAGCCCAACAGCCGCAGGCGCGUCUGGUGCCACUGCCCAGUAUUCCGAAUUACAUUGCCUGCAGCUCCGAUGGCAACCUGCUGGCCGUGAAUCACACCCAGAACGGCACCAGCCUGCUCAGCAUAUAUGCGGUGCUAUCGUUCAUGACCCCUGAUGUACGUCCUGUUUAUAAUAUUCGCCUCGCCGCCGAGGAUCACGUGCACGGCGUCCAGCUCCUCUGGAAUCCCGUGCUGCCCAACAGCCUGGCCGUUGUUUUGAGCAACGGAGCGCUCGCGAUGUAUGCCCUGAAGGAGGGGGGAAACUUUGAAAUGCACUCGCUGGACAAAAAUCAACAAGUUAAGUGCGGCUGCUGGUCGCCCAAGGGCAAACAGAUCGUUCUUGGUUUUCCCGGCGGCACGGUGAAGCAGUUCAAGCCGGAUCUGACUCUGGCCAAGACGCUUUUGUGUCCUCCGAAUAUACAUGAUGCCCCCUUUGACACCAUUGCUAUACAGUGGCUGUCGACUUUCCAGUUUGCAGUGAUCUUUCUCCAGCAUGGCGAGGACUGUAGCCCCUCGCUUUACAUUCUAAAUGCUCCCAAGGCUGGUGCGCCCAGCUACAUAAACUACUAUGACAUCUGCUAUAGCAUGAACGGCCCGAGGAAUCAUCAGUUCGUAUUUAGCCAUGUGCCCCAGUGGAAUCUGCUGCUCGUAGUCUCGGCCAAUGGCGUAGAGGUGGGCAUCAUGCGGUCAACCGAGGCCGGCGAUACACCCGCUUGGCAGCAGCUUACAUUGCUGGAUGAGGCACGCAUUGAAAUGCCCCUAAGUGAGGACAAGGAUGAGACCUUCCCGCUGGGCUUUGCCUUCGACACUUCUACAACGCACCAGCUGACGAUAAAUGAGAAGAAGCUGCAGACUAUGCCCAUGGUUCAUGUUUUGAGUUCGGAUGGAGAAUUGCUCUCGUUCAACUUUCUUAAUGUGCUGCCGACGGCGGUGUCUGUUUGUUCGCCACCUCCUCCAGUGGCCGAUACUUCUGGGCAGUUCAAGCCGUUGAAUAUGCUGCUUGCUAGUGAGGAAGAAGAGCAGCCAGCUUGGGCAGCCAGUCCCUCCAAGGCUCCAGCUGCAACUCCUGCUGCUUCCUCGGACAUAUCCUUUGCAUUUACACCGAAUACCGUUACUUCAACCCCAGCUCCCUCGAAGGAUAAGCAACCAUCAUUGUUUUCUGGCUUUGGAGCAGCUGCAGCUAAGGCACCUGCUCCGCAACUAUCUUUUGGUACUGCUCCGACUUCUAGUCCGGUUUCGUUUGGUGCUCCAACUACCAAUGCAGCCAAGCCAACAACACCGUUUGGUGGGUUUGGCACGCAGGCAACGACUACUGCCAUGGGAAGCAUGUUUUCGGCUUCAGGAGCAAAUGCCUUUGGGGGAAUGGCAUUGAAUAAACCGGCUAUUGCCAGUGUGACACCCCGAACAGCGGCACCUGGGUCAACAGUACCCGCAACUCCUGCUUCUGCUCCAGCAAACAAACCACUGUACACGGUUCCUUUAACAUUCACACCAGUGGACACAAAACCAGCCACUUCAGCUCCUCCACAAAUCGCAGAUGAAAGUCUUAAGCCUGAUGACACUGAGCCUAUUAUCAAGGACAUGAUUGCCCUACAAAUCGAAGCCUUUAGCAAGGAUAUCCAAAAGCAAAAGGAACAGACGAAGGAACUCCUCAAAGGCAUUGCAGCACCAUCUGCUUUGAGGGCAUACGCAAAGAGACUGGAUGACCUCCAAGAGCUCAAUGAACAAGCCAAGGAUGUGGAGUUCGAGUUAGAUGUACAGGGAUUGCGACAGGGUCUUAAUGAGGCCUAUGCCAUCGUAGCAGAGUGCCGCGGGAAACUGGAGAUUUAUAGAAAACCAGAGAUUACGCGUUUAAUGAACUCAAGCUCCUGUGAUCCCUCUGGCCGUCGCAUGCUAGCUCGUCUUCAGAGCUACGUGGCUGCCAAUGAGGCCCAGCUGCGUCUUGCCCAGCAGCAUGUCGAUUUGCAGUGGGAACAGUUUCAGGAUGUUGUGCGGCGCAAUUCGAAGUCUCGCAUGCACAUGCCUUGCCUAGAGGGAAUCUAUCAACGACUGACAAGACUACAAAAUCUAACUUCUAACCAGCGAAUUGUACAGAACAACAUCAAGUCCAAACUGAAGGAGCGCGGAUUGCUUCAGGCCGCACUGCUCGACCAGGAGAAAAGUCGCACCCGCACCAACGAAGCAGUGGAUACAUUGACCGACUCCAUUCUCACGAUGAGUCUUAGCCAGGUAGUGGACUCUAAUGCAGCCAAGCUCACUCGAGAAAGACUACAAAAAAUCCGUAAUAUUGUUCAGCUGCAGAAGAUCAAUGUUAUUUGUCCCCAGCGACCAGAUCGAGUGGGGCUCAAGUCGGAGGUUAUUUUGGAAACGAAACGUAGGGCGGAGCAAAUUAAAAGGGCAGCAGCCAAGCCUGCAACAGCCAACAAAUACACCCAAGCAGCAGUCGCUCCGCCUUCACCACCAGAUGUUGCACCCACGCCAGCUGUUGCACCCAUGCCACAAGCAACUGUUACAGUGGCUCCUCCGCUGCCUAAACCAAUGCCAUCUAUACCGUCCGUUGUGGAAAAGCCUGGAGUGCCCACACAUCCGACAACUCCAGUGGCUACGCCAUUUUCCUUCAGCCAAAGCAUCCCAUUUGUGAAGACAUCUACUGUGACGCCAACGACAAAUACUGUGACUCCUGGCGAAGCAGCCAAGCCGGGUUUAUCCAUUUUCGGCGGCAGUACUAUUUCCAGCUUUAGUUUUGGUGGUGGUGCUGCCAAGUCGGCACUCUCAUUCGGAACAGGAUCGCCAGCCGUGGCAGCUCCUACACCAAAACCAAACCCGUUGUCAGCGGUCGAAAAACCAACACCCGAGCCGACUAAGCCCAAAGAGCAGAAAGCAGCAGAAAGCAAAGAAUUCAAGGCGGUACAACCCGAAACAGAAGAGUCAAAAGUACCCCAAAAACCAAAGGCAGAGACGGAAAACAAAUCCUUUGGAUUUGGAGGAUUUACAGGAACUGGAGGUACUGUCGGAAAUACUUCCAGCUCCCCGUUCAGCUUUGGCGGACUGGGUUCAUCUCUAGGCUUCGGAGGAACAGCCGCUGCUGUGCCAAAAUCUGAACCUUCCAGCACAGCAACCACUAGUGUAGCCACAUCAGCUUCAACUGCACCAUUUGGCAUCUUCUCAGCAGCUUUGGCGAAACCAUCCAACUCUGAACCGAUCACCACGGUCACUAGCAACACAACCACCAUCACCAGCAAGCCUACGAAUGUAAUUGCUUCGAGCAGCGUAACUGAUGCUCCUUCCGUCACCACAACAAAUGCAGUGACCAGCAGCACGGAUCCUAUUGGAGGCCUCUUUAGCUCUGUGACUAUCUGCAAGCCCAACACUCCUGCAGAUACCACCAAACCAGCCAACAUUUUUGGAGGAGGUUUAUCCGCUGGUAGCUUUUCAUUUGGCGGAACGAUUGAUGCCUCAAAGGGAUUAUUCGGCAGUACCAAACCAGUGGCAACAGCUCCCACAAGUGUGACGGAGGCGAACAACAAAACUGAUCCUAUUUCAACCACCCCAUCAGCCAUUUCGACUACUACUGCUACGACGACUGUGUCUAGUCCAGCAGUAGUUCCUGCGGCAGUUACCGCAGCAGUUCCGGCAACAUCGAGCACAACGGUAACAUCUAGCACUGCUGUUCCCGGCAGUGCGUUCUCCUUCUCAAACGCAUUUAGCACCCUAAGUGCGGGAGGUGCUGCAGCUCCAACUACCAGCGCUUCAGCUCCCUUAGCUGCCAAAAGCCCAACCGCUACAUCUACAGGCAAUAACUCGUCGAAUUCAGUGUUUGGUGGUGGCUUCGCAGUAGCAACAUCAACAGCGGCUCCAGUGGCUAGUCCCUUUCAGUCAGCUGCAAAAAGUCCAGUUUCGAGUGCAAACAUUUUUGGCAGUAUACCUAAGGCGGAGACCAGCGUUUUCGGAGGAGCUACAACUGCUCCUUCAAACACCACGGCUGCGGCAACACCAGAUGCACCACCAGCGGGUCUCUUUGCAUCGGCCGCGAUUAGUAACCCUUCGCCGUUUGGUAGUCCCACGACUAGAGCACCAGCCUCUGGCGGUAACAUUUUUGGUCAGGCUGUUAAGCCAAGUGUCUUUGGACAACCAGCACAAGCAGGCGAUAGCGGAGGAUCUAUUUUUGGUGGCGGAUCCGCCAGUACACCUUUUGGAUCCAGCUCAAUUUUUGGAGGAGGUAAUACGCAGGGCGCAGUCGGCGCUCCGGCUGCAGGAAGUACUUCAAUUUUUGGCCAAAAAGUGUUUGGUCAAUCAUCAGCGGCUGCACCGGCAGCAGGUGGGAAUAUAUUCUCCAAUCCCGUCGGCAGUCCGCAAGCUUCUCCUUUUGGUGGCGGAGGAAACUCUAUUUUCGGAUCACCAGCAACAGCUCCGCCCGCAUCUGGCGGAUCGAUCUUUGGGGGUGGCAGCAGCUCUGGUGGAUUUGGCUCCUUCACGCAGACGACACCAGCUCAGGGGGGCUUCGGUGGUGGAUUUGGCCAGGGCGGGGGUGGAUCUGUGGCCCAGACAGGUUUUGGCUCACCACAAGCCCCGCAGCAGCAAACUACGACACCAGGUGGGUUUGGAGCCAAGCCCGUUUUCGGUGGAUCCCCGGCCUUUGGAGCUAGCCCCACUUUUGGGGGAGGUGCCACCUUUGGCAGUCCGAAGGGUUUCGGUGGAUUUGGCGGUGCCAGCCCAGUAGCCUCCCCUCCACCCUUUGGUGCUGCUGCAAAGCCGGCACAGGGAAACAUUUUUGAAACGUUGGGGGGACAGGAAUCGGGACUCUCUUUCGGAAAUCUAGCACAGACUGGAAACUCAAAUGCACAGAAACCAGCGUUUGGCGGAUCGAGCUUUAUGAAUUAUCGUUGAGUUCAUAAUAAAUGUGUUGCAUAACUCAAUAGUUUUGCUUGUUCAGUUUUCAUGAAAUAAGAAUACCAGUUAAAAUUAAAAAUCUUAAAUCUUAAAUCUUUAUUAAAAUU